AUGGUGUCCCCGUUCCCACUGGCCCGGCUCCGCUGGAGCCCCGCGGCGCUGCCCCUCGACGCCAUCGUCAGCCAGUGCCGCCUGCCCACCCUCGUCUGCCUCGGGCAGGGUGAGCGCGUGGAGGGGGUGACAGCCCAGGACGUGCUUCUGGUCCACUCGUGCCGGCAGUGGACGACGGUGACAGCCCACAGCCUGGAGGAGGGACACUACGUCAUCGGGCCCAAAAUCGACAUCCCGCUCCAGUACCCAGGGAAGUUCAAGCUGCUGGAGCAGGACCGGGACCUCCGCGAGCCCGUGCAGUACUUCAACAGCGUGGAGGAGGUGGCCAGCAUCUUCCCAGACCGCAUCUUCGUCAUGGAGGCCAUCACCUUCAGCGUGAAGGUGGUGUCGGGGGAGUUCAGCGAGGACAGCGAGGUUUACAACUUCACGCUGAACGCGGGGGACGAGCUGACGCUGAUGGGGCAAGCGGAGAUCCUGUGCGCCAAGACGGUGAAGGAGAAGUCGCGCUUCAACACCCUCCUGCGCAAGCUGGGCAAGGCGGCGCCGGCGGCGGGGGCGCGGCAGGUGAAGGGCAAGAUGCCGUGUCUGAUCUGCAUGAACCACCGCACCAACGAGAGCCUGAGCCUGCCCUUCCAGUGCAAGGGCCGCUUCAGCACGCGCAGCCCGCUGGAGCUGCGCCUGCAGGAGGGCGAGCACACCAUCCGCAGCAUCAUCGAGAAGGUGAGGCUGCCCGUCAACGUGGCCGUGCCCAGCCGGCCCGCCCGCAACCCCUACGACCUGCACGCCAUCCGCGAGGGCCACUGCUACAAGCUGGUCAGCAUCAUCUCCAAGACGGUGGUGCUGUGCUGCAUCCUGCGCCGGGAGGAGCUGGUGCCUUUCCACUUCUUGCUGCUGACCGACAUGCCCCGCUUCCAGCUGCCCGAGGGGCUGCUGGCCGGGGACCCGCAGCUGGAGAAGCUGCUGCGGGACAGCGCCGCGUAUUGCCACGACCGCUUCAACCCCGACGAGUACUCGCGGGCCGUGCGAGAGGCCAAGCCGGACUUUCUGGAGGAAUGCGCGAGCCCGCGGCGCCUGCGGCUCUGCCUGCCCGCCUGCGGCCGCGAGGAGCUCAGCCAGCCCCUGCGGCGCCUCUCGCUCUGUGCCUGCGGCUCCGGGGGUCCCCGGGAGCCCCCCGCCCGCUGCCAGGGACCGCGGGGCCUCGGCGGGGGCACCCCGCGCCCGCCGCUGCCCGACUUCCCCGACCCCGAGCGGGAGUACAUGACGCCCGAUUGGGCCGAGCCCGAGUUCAGGACUCAGGAGCCGCUGGAGAUUCCCUACGAGGAGCUGUGGAGCAAUCCCAGCCCGGAGGGCUGCUGCGAGCUGGGCAGCAGCGGCGUGCGGCCCGACCUCGUCUCCUUCGGGGCUGUCACCCCGCUGGGCUCCCCGCACCGCCCCGGGGACAGGGAUGAGCCCCGCGGGGACACCCCGCCCCCUGUGCCACCCAAAUCGGAGGCGGUGAAGGAGGAGUGCCGGCUGCUGAACGCGCCCCCGGUGCCGCCCCGGGGCAGCCGCCCCCCGGCCCCCUGCAGCCCCCCGGCCCCCCUGCGCUGCCCGAAACUGGCACCCGUGCCCUCGCCCAGCCCCAGCCUCUCCUACUACUCCUCGGGGCUCCACGACCGGUCGGCCCCGCGGAGCGGCAGCGCCUCGCCCUCUCCGGACGCCUACUCGCUGUACUGCUACCCCUGCACCUGGGCCGACUGCAAGGCCUCCGAGCCCCCCGGGCGGCCGCUGCCCCCGGCCCAGCCCGCGCCCAGCUCCUGGUCCGACCCCUGGGCGUUCCCCGAGCCGGGCGCCGGGGCGGGCAGCGGCUGCUCCACGCCGCUGCUGGGGGCCGAGCCCCCCCUCAAACCGUUCCGCAGCUGCCCCCGCCUCAAGCCCCCGCACCCCCAAAAGCGUUUUGCCCCCUUCGGGGCUCUCAACCCCUUCGCCGGCCCGGCGGAGUGGCCGGAGAGCCCCGAGUGGUCCAAAGCGCCUUCGGCCCCGGCCGCUCCCUCCUCCUCCUCCUCGCCGGAGCCCUUCGCCCCCGCCGAGGAGCCGGCGGCACCCCCUCGCCCCCCCAAGGGCUUGGACGGGGACGGCAUCGUCAUCCGGGGGGCGGCCCCGCUGUCCCCCGCCGUGCUGCGCGGGGCCGAGGGCGUCACCCGCGUGUACCUGGCGCAGGGGGUGAUCGAGGUGCCGCCAGCGGCGCGGGGCGAUGGGGCAGCACCCCCGGGUGCCCCCCGGCCCGGCGGGGACAGCCCGGCCUGGCUGCCCCCCGCCGACCUGUCGGCGCUGUCGCUGGAGGAGGUGUCCAAGUGCCUGCGCUUCAUCGGCCUCUCCGAGGACGUGGUGAGCUUCUUCGCCCGCGAGAGGAUCGACGGCAGCAUCUUCGUGCAGCUCAGCGAGGAGAUCCUGGCCGAUGAUUUCCGCCUCACCAAGCUCCAGGUGAAGAAGAUCAUGCAGUUCAUCAAGGGCUGGCGCCCCAAGAUCUAGUGCCAGGCCGGGGGCCCCCUGCACUGGGGGGGUCCCCAAGUCACCUGGAGCUCUGGGUGGCCCCGCUCCCGUCCCUCUCUGAUGCUGCAGGUUCUCCUCUCCCAUUGCCCAGCCCUCCCCCCUUUCCCCUUUUAACACUGGACAGUAAUUUUGGCCCCAACGGGCUGGAAAACACUGGAUUUUGCGUCGACUGGUUUAACUUAAUCCUUGUGGAUUAGCAUAAUAAAUGUACGGGAGAGUAAUGAGCCCCCAGAGAAGGCCCUUGCUUGGGGAGGAGGGGAAGGGGGGAGGAUGGAUGCUCUGAGGGGUCUUUCCCCACCUUGCAGACCCUUCCCAUUUCUUGGGAAGGGAUUACCAGCCCCAUGCCUCUCCCAGCACUCAGCAGAGGCAGGUGAGAUGAUGUCUUGGCCCUUGGUUCUGGUCUGGGAGCUUUGAAAGACAGGGAGAGGUGACAUGAAGAGCAGCAUGGCUCAGCCAUGGCCCAAGGCCUGCCAGGGAGCAGGAAAAUGGCUGGAAGCUGGAAAGGAAGCCAGGGAGGGGGGGCCAGGCCAGUGACAGGUGCCCAGAGAUUUAAAGCCUUUUAGUUUAACUUGAUCUCUCCCCACGGGGGGGCCCUCUGGCCUUUGCCUGCUCGAUCUGCAAUUACAGGCAGGUCCAUCUGCCAGGAUCACCUGCCAGGAUCACCCCGUGGCAGAGAGCUGGAGGCUCCUCACAGCCCCUGAGUGAUGGCAGAGGUGACACUGCUUUGUCCUGCACUGCUGCCAUCCUGCCCCUCCAUGGACAGGACCCCAGGGCACUGCCUGGACCACUCAAUCCCCACUCAAGCUGUUCCCUCAGGGGGAUGGGAGGAGAAGCAGGAGUCCAAACCCAGGAGAUGGGGCUUUAUUUUGGUGGAUGUUGAUGGAAAGACAAGGCCUCGGCUCCAGCCACAAGCUGGAUGCUACUGGCCAGACUGGGAGCUCUGGAGGCCACGGCAUGAAGGCAAGGGCAGCAGAGGAAUUCCCUCCCCCAGCAUGGAGCCCCCAGGCCCAGGCUGGCAUGGGACGGACGUUCCCAACACACAGUGGCUGGUAAGGCACUUGAAAUGACUACAAGCCAUGAGGCAACCUCCUG